UACAGCACUUAUCUGUGUACGAAGUACACACAUACUCGUCUGUACUCAGAACGGACAGGUCAUCUGAACGGCCAAAUGCAUCUGAAAGCAUAAAAUUGCCCACGAAAUGGAUCUCUGGCUUCAUAUUUUGCUACGGCUCAAGGUCCAAGACGCCUCCGAAUAUCCAAUCUGCCGGUCCGCGAUCCAGCAUUGAAGCGGAACCGGAAACCGGAAGUGGAAGCUGCGAGUCACCAGCCUUCGACCUCCAACAUUGACAACGCAGUGCCGGAGCACCGUUCGCAGUCUGACGUGGCCCGAGUUUGGGGCCGGUCCCGCCGAGGCGUGGUCUGCUGCAACCCACCGUCGUUUCUCGCAGUGAGAGGGAUCCCGUCGUUCAGGCGGUGUGUCGGCGAUCUUCACCAAAACAGAACUGACAAGGAUUCCUCAUUCCCAAACUCAAAAUGGGUCACGACUGUCCAGUGUGCGGCAAGAAAAAUGAGUCCGCGUCCAACCAGGUUGUGCACCUGCGGACCCACACGGGAGAGAAGCCUUUUGAGUGCACGGUUUGCAACAAGAAGUUCAGCCAACGUAGCCAGCUCAAACCGCACCUCCGAAUCCAUACGGGAGAGAAGCUCUUUGAGUGCAUGGUUUGCAGCAAGAGGUUCAGCGAAGGUGGCGACCUCAGAAAGCAUCUCCGGACCCACUUAGGAGACAAGCCCUUUCAGUGCACAAUUUGCAACAAGAAGUUCAUCCAAGGUGGUCAUCUCAGAGCGCAUCUCCGAACCCACACAGGAGACAAGCCCUUAGAGUGCGCGGUUUGUAACAAGAAGUUCAUCCAAAGUGGCGACCUCAGAAAGCAUCUCCGGACCCACACAGGGGACAAGCCUUUUGAGUGCACGGUUUGCAACAAGAAGUUCAGCCAAGGUGGCAGCCUCAGAACGCAUCUCCGGACCCACACAGGAGACAAGCCCUUUGAGUGCACGGUUUGCAACAAGAAGUUCAGCCAAGGUGGCAGCCUCAGAACGCAUCUCCGGACCCACACAGGAGACAAGCCCUUUGAGUGCACGGUUUGCAUCAAGAAGUUCACCAGAAGUGACAGCCUCAGAGUGCAUCUCCGGAUCCACACAGGAGACAAGCGCUUUGAGUGCGCGGUUUGCAGCAAGAGGUUCAGGCAAAACUCUCAUCUGAAAAAGCAUCUGCGAACCCACACUCAAGGACACGAUUUGAACAUCCAGUCGGCAAACAGGCGUUAAGUCAAGAGGGCAGCAGUCUCAACUGCGCACUCUCGUUGAGGAAAACCGGCAGGCUGUAUUUUUCCGGAAGACGAUUACUAAGCGGCAGGCCUAAAUGUACCGGUUGAGACUGUUCGCGAGGCGCAUAACUAAGAUAUUUAGUCCGAAUUUGUUUAAUGUUAGGAAAACUAUCCGUGUCUCAAUAUUUUGUCAUUUACAAUCUUAUAGUUUUUUUCUCAUUGUUAGAUGUUAAGUGGGAAGUCAUUUAAAACAAUAGGACUGGGCUCUGGAAGUCUUAGGCUCUCAUUUGAAAAUGAUUUUAUUUCCGAUUCGAAUACAUGACAAUAUGUGAAUUUGACUUUCCGUCUCUGAAAUAUGACGCGUUUGUUUUAAGCACGCUUUCGUUGAUCUUUGGAAGAUGGCAUGGAUUGAUUGAUUCUGGUCAACGAUUCAUAAGUUUUCUCUCAAUUUGACUCUGUUGCACGUUUAAUCAUGUUACUUGUAUGCACCACUGUUUUUGCCUCCAUAUUGAAU